AUGAAACGACGCAACAAGAUCAAAAAGGUCAUAUCGCGCGCCGCCCGUCUCCUCAGACAAAGCGCAGGCUACAAGCAUCCGUCUCCUGACAAAGAGCCUCAAUCACCACUCCUAAAUCUCCCCUUUGACGUCCUCCAUCUCAUACUACCACACCUGCCGCUCGAAUCGCAAGCCUGUCUCGCGCUGACCUGCAAACCUCUCCAUCGAGCUCUAGGCUUCGUCCUCGAAAAUAAACAGUUUGCCUGGCCUCGGUAUCUGGCGACGGAGUUCCCUCCCGGUCCAUAUGAGCGUGAGCGGUUCGGGGCUGCUCGAUACCCGGAGCUCCCCAACCCAAGGAACGAGCUCCUGCAUCUACUCGAGGACAGGCGGUGGAUGUACGGGUGUUGCGACUCUCUCAAACUCCACCCAAAGCAACUUGUCGAGCCUGGCUCAUUACAAUCCACAAAUAGUCAGCGCUGCAUCUCGACUGAAGGUGUAGUCGAUUUGUGCGCUUGCCUUGCCUUGACGUUCUCGGAUAAAAUCAAGCUGAUUCAGUGGCUGAAGACCGGGCAGGCAGGUCCGAGUCUCCAUCGGAAUGUCCGCGGAGCAUUUGUUUUUCGAGAGCGCGACAAGAAACGGUCGCUUGUCCAUCACUGUUCGGUUUCUAGUCAACCUGAUGCGUUCGUGAGCCUCUUGACCACAGCAACACUCGAUGCAGACGACUGCCUUAUCGUCACUACCAUAUACCACGUAUACUGGGAACAGCCCCGCCGGAUCCUCAGAAGUUACAGCGCCUUCAACAAUGCGUUUCCAUACCGUCUACGGCCCGAGUACCGACCGCCACACAACGCUGAACCGGUUUUUCUCUGCCCGCACAUCCACGCCGUUGCCUGGUUAUAUUCGUCCUGGAUGUGGACUAAGGACCAAUGUACAAAUUGUGAUACCAGAUACCAGGAAAUUGGACGCAUUACAUCCUCUAACAGACUUUAUCUCGGAAUGCUUGGGAAACGAAACCGCCAGAGUCAUAUUGUGACCCUCAACGACCACCAGAAAAUCGGCAUGCUAGACAUCAAUAUUACAAUUUAG